UAAAGUUUGCGAGUGGGUUUAUCAAGGAUUUUAUGCGGGUGGAUCAGAAGCUCAUGGAUGGGCAGAUAUCAGAUUGGUCUCCCAUAGGCGACAACUCGAAGCUCUUGGCACGGAAUAUGUCGUAUAUCAAGUCCCUGAACAAUAGCGUAGGCCCGAAGCAAAAAAAAAGUGCGAGAUCCACGAUGAAACCUUGACCUGCGACUUUGAUGACCACGUCGUGAUGUUGACAACGACGAAGAC